GCUAAUCUGUCACAUCUAGGGCGUCAUGAGAACUAUCCUGGUAUUGGAAGUGGAAUUGCUAAAUGCCCUUUUGAUCCAGAUGAUAAUGCAACUGCUGUAUGGGUUGAACACGGAAAUCCAGGGGAACUACCAGGGCUGUAUAGUGGCACUGUGGCUGAAUUCACUAAGGCUGACACGGUCAUAUUUCGUACAGAUCUAUAUGACACUUCAACUGGAAGAAGAGUUCAUCCAUUUAGUCGGACUAUUAAAUAUGAUUCAAAAUGGCUGGAUAAGCCUCAGUUUGUUGGUUCUUACGACAUUGGAGAGUACGUCUUUUUCUUCUUUCGAGAAAGUGCAGUUGAGUACAUUAACUGUGGGAAGAAUAUCUACACUCGUGUUGCUAGAGUCUGUAAGAGAGACACAGGGGGAAAGAACAUUCUUAACAAGAACUGGGCAUCAUUUGUGAAAGCUCGUCUAAAUUGUUCAAUUCCUGGAGAGUUUCCAUUUUAUUUUAAUGAAAUUCAAAGUGUGUAUAAGCUUCCUGACGACGAUAGCACAUUUUAUGCUGUGUUCACAACCUCGUCAAAUGGGUUGAUAGGGUCGGCCAUCUGUACCUUCAGUUUGGAUUCCAUCCAAGAAGUGUUCAAUGGAAAGUUUAAGGAACAAGCUACCUCUUCCUCCGCCUGGCUGCCUGUUAUCAGUGUAAAGGUGCCAGAGCCUCGCCCUGGACAGUGUGUUAACAACACCCAGACGCUGCCUGACUCGGUACUCAACUUUAUUCGUGGCCAUCCUUUGAUGGACUCUGCAGUUUCUCAGAAAAAUGGAAAACCCGUGUAUUACAAGCGAGAUGUCAUAUUGACCAGUUUGGUUGUGGAUACGUUGGAUGUUGAUGGAGUCCCCUACACUAUUUAUUAUGCUGGCAGUGUGGAUGGACGAGUUUUCAAGCUUGUUGAGUGGCAGGACGGAGUGGGAGAUGCUCACUCCAAUCUUGUAGAUGUGUUUGAAGCCACAUUUCCCGAAAAGAUUCGGAAAAUGGAAAUCUCUAGCAAGCAUAAGUCACUGUAUGUGGCUUCGAAGUCAGUGAUUCAUCAGUUUGAUUUGGUGAUGUGUAAGGGAAGAUACGAGACUUGUCUGCGGUGUAUACAAGAUCCAUACUGUGGGUGGGACAAGGUGCAUGGUGAAUGUCGACCCUAUAACCGAGGGUUAUUGCAAGAUGUUGACUUGACAGGGUCAAAAACAUGCAACCCUCCCACGGAGCUGGAAUACAAACAGAUCUACUCAAACUGGUGUCGAGAGUUUGAGAAAUACAAAUCAGCCAUGAACACCUGGCAACAUAAGCAAAAUAAAUGUCAAGCUCAUUUAAAUGAUGUGAUCUACAGCAGAGCGCCAUCUGUCUGA